AUGAUUGAAGAAGAGUUUAUCCAGGAUAAACUGAUCAUCGAGCGCAAUGCUUUACGCCAGCAGGAUUGUGGGUUUGCAAAGUGUCAUAAUGAUGUCACUAUCUUGAAUCGUGCUGAUUACACAAUAAUCAGAGAAGAGCGAACCUGGAGUGACGCACGUGACUAUUGUAGAUCACUUGGGAAGGAGCUUGUUAUCCUUGAAACUAAAGAGGAAUUUGAAUUUAUUCAGCAGCUGCUUCGAGAUCAGGCAAUUCCUCAAAAUCAUUGGCUUGGGGCUAGUGACUUAGAAAUACAAGGUUCAUUUGUAUGGCUGGAUGGGAGCGUUCUGCCUUCGGAUUCCACUAUGUGGCAUACAGGUGAACCAAACAAUGGUAACGGAGUGGAAGAUUGUGUUCAUGCGUAUGAAAUAAAUGACUUCUUUUUGAACGACAGAGUUUGUUCAAGUAAACUCAGAAGCAUAUGUGAACAUAGUUCAUGUCCCGCCAAAACAUUCUCGAUCACCAAGGGUUACCAUCUCCAUGGCAAUGUCAUGGAAACAAUGGAUGUCUCUACCCUGACUCGAUGCUGCAGUGCAUGCAUGUCUCAUUUGAACUGUAAGUCAGUGAACUUUGACCUCCGUGGAUCUGGCGUUCGCAAAAUGUGUGAAUUAAAUGGUUAUUCCAAGGCUGGUAAUGAAGAGAGCUUUGUCGAGAGUGAAGGAUUUACAUAUGCAGAGUUGGAUAUGUAAAUUUGAUUCAUGAA